GGCCGGAGAAGCAGUGCCUCGGUGCGCGCCUCGGAUCCGAACCCUGCCUCCACGCGCGCACUUAACCGCUAAGCCACGGGGCCGGCCCUAUAGCAUCAUUUCUUAUGAUAGGAAGAAGUAGGAAAUGGGGAGAAAUUGGAAAUAAGGCGACAUGGAAAAGGGAGAAACAGCUUUUAAAAAUAUUUAAGCAAAUGUUCCUAAUCCUAACGAAGCCCCUGUUGUGCCUGCAUUGAUUGGAUGUGUCCUGGGUCACUUGCAUCAUUUGUGUCAGGCUUUGUGCCAAGCACCUUGCAUAUGUUUCAGUUUUAGCCCUCCCACCAAUGCUAUGAAGUACACACUGUUAUGACCCCUAAUUUAUUGACCAGGAAACUGAGGCAGGGUGGGAUUCAAAUUCAGGUUGGUCUGAUUUGGAGUCCACGUACUUAGCUCACCAUAUUAUUAUACUCCUGGUCCCAAACCCUGCUUCCGCUGGAAGCUGUCCAGAAGGACGCCAAAGAACAGAAACAGUGGUUGGUAAAGCUUUGUUGAGCCCUGAGGAAAAAAAGCUUGAGUAGGUUAUUAAGAGUUAUACACGGUGUGUUUUAGCUAGCCCUAGCGGUCUAAUGGUUAAGAUUCCAUCACCACGGCCUGGGUUCAUUUCCUGGUCAGGGAACCACACCACCCAUCUGUCUGUUGUCAUCCUGUGGCAGCUGCGUGUUGCUGUGAUGCUGAAGGCCAUGCCACUGGAAUUUCAAAUACCAGCAGGGUCACCCAUGGCGGACAGGUUUCAGCAGAGCUUCCAGACUAAGACAGACUAGGAAGAAGGACCUGGCCACUCACUUCCGAAAAAACUCAUCGUGAAAACCCUAUGAAUAGCAGCGGAGCAUUGUCUGAUACAGCACCGGAAGACAAGAAACGGCAUGUAGAGCUGAAGAUGGACCAAGCUUUGCUGCUUAUCCAUAAUGAGCUACUCGGGACAAACCUGACCGUCUACUGGAAUUCUGAACGCUGUUAUCAUUGCCUGUUUCAGGUUCUGGUAAACGUCUCCCAGAGUCCAGGGCCUGGGGAGCCCGGCGCGGCCGCCGUGGGCGUGAGCACUCAGCACAGCGUCGUCCUGCAGCUUAACGCCACCGCGGAGGAGAAGGAAGUGUGCAGGCUGGAAUACAAAUUUGGAGAAUUUGGAAACUAUUCUCUCUUGGUAAAGAAGGUCCAAAAUGGAGUCAAUGAAAUUGCGUGUGACUUAGUUGUCAAUGAGAAUCCAGUUGACAGUAACCUUCCUGUGAGUAUUGCGUUCCUUGUUGGUCUGGCGCUCAUCAUUGUGGUGUCCUUUCUAAGGUUCUUGUUGAGUUUGGAUGACUUUAAUAAUUGGAUUUCUAAGGCAAUAAAUUCCCGGGAAACUGAUCGCCUCAUCAAUUCUGAGCUGGGCUCUCCAAGCAGGGCAGACCCGCUUGCUGGCGCUCCCCAGGUGGAGGCGUGGGCUCCAUCUGCAGCAGCGCAGCGCCUCCGCUGUGUGGACACGUUCAGGGGGAUAGCUCUCAUCAUCAUGGUCUUCGUUAACUACGGAGGAGGGAGAUACUGGUACUUCAAACACGCGAGUUGGAAUGGACUGACAGUGGCUGACCUUGUGUUCCCAUGGUUUGUAUUUAUUAUGGGAUCUUCGAUUUUUCUUUCAAUGACCUCCAUACUGAAGCGGGGAUGUUCAAAAUUCAGAUUGCUGGGGAAAAUUGCGUGGAGGAGUUUCCUGUUAAUCUCUAUAGGAAUCAUCAUUGUGAACCCCAAUUAUUGCCUUGGUCCAUUGUCUUGGGACAAGUUGCGAAUCCCUGGCGUGCUCCAGCGGUUGGGGGUGACGUACUUUGUGGUUGCCGUGCUGGAACUCCUCUUUGCUAAACCUGUGCCUGAAAGUUGUGCCUCGGAGAGGGGCUGCUCUUCUCUUCGAGACGUCCUGUGCGGCUGGCCCCAGUGGCUCUUCAUCCUGAUGCUGGAAAGCGUCUGGCUGGGUUUGACCUUCCUCUUGCCUGUUCCUGGAUGCCCCACUGGUUACCUGGGCCCCGGUGGCAUUGGAGAUCUGGGGAAGUACCCGAACUGCACUGGAGGAGCUGCCGGCCACAUCGACCGCCUGCUUCUGGGAGAGGAUCACCUUUACCAGCGCCCUUCCCCGACUGUGCUGUAUCACACCCAGGUGGCCUAUGACCCGGAAGGCAUCCUGGGGACCAUCAACUCCAUUGUGAUGGCAUUCCUAGGAGUUCAGGCAGGAAAAAUACUCUUGUAUUACAAGGAUCAGACCAAAGACAUCCUGAUCAGAUUUACUGCCUGGUCUUGUUUUCUAGGGCUUAUUUCUGUUGCUUUGACGAAAGUUUCUGAAAAUGAAGGCUUUAUUCCAGUAAACAAAAAUCUCUGGUCCAUUUCCUACGUCACCACGCUCAGCUCCUUUGCCUUCUUCAUCCUGCUCGUCCUGUAUCCCGUCGUGGAUGUGAAGGGUCUGUGGACAGGAACCCCAUUCUUUUACCCCGGCAAGUCACCCCUCACCCCAGACAGAGUCGAUGAUGGUGACCAGUGGGCUGGCCCAGAGACCAGCGGAGUGUGCCCAGUGCAGAGGCCUCAAGCCACAGCCCGGGUGGCCUGUUUCCAAGAUGCAGGUGGAGGGAGAAAGCAUGCUGUCCCAGGCCACGCACGAUGUCACUGGCCUGUUCCAAAGCAGUCCACCCCAUUUCACUCACUUAGACCGUGGGGUCAUAAAUGCGUUCCACUCGUUUCUUCAGGCGAUACUGAAUUGUGGGGGAUCGGAAACGAUCUGGGGCAUAUCAUCCUGUUUCUAAUACUUGAGAAAUGGGGCCAUACUUUCUUUCGUAAUGUAAACAUACUACCUUACAGAUUAUACAUAAGAAAUAUCGAGACACUAUCAAGAGAGAAACAGUAUGGCCUAGGUGCAGUUCUGCCUGAAGGCUGAGAGACCUGGUGGUUUCAGUGGCUCAGGUCAGCCUCUGAUUCUAGUAAAGCCACAUUCUUUGGACCUCAAGUUUUCUGUC